ACGGAUCGGUCGAUAGGACCGCCUCUUCCACCCUCUUCCGCUAUUGUGUCAAUCCAGAGGCACACUUCUGAUUACUCUGUUAGCCAGUAAGUAAGCAGCGUCUGCUCUUGGACCUGUCAAACCUCUGCACUUAUCCAGGUGUUUUUGCGUCUCAGGUUCCUACAACUGUUCUGCCUCAAGGAAGUGGGAGUUGGCCGAUGAACGUUGGAUUGUGGCGUUCUGCUAACGUUCCAGGAACCUUCCGGUGGUGUCCUGCUGCCGGUGCCUGUGAGGUUCCCUCAUAGAGACCAUGUUCUAGAGGUUCUGGGUUCUCGAAGCCUGGCUGAGACUCUGGAAGAUGAACAAUGAGGACGAGUUCUACGACGCCGUCACAGGCUUGGAUUCGGAUGAGUCAUACGAGGGAGUGUCGGAGGCUAGUUUUAAAGAUGCGGUGGUAUUUGACGGCAGCCAGCAGAACAAUGGCUCCGUUCCACAAGAGAACGGGAUCAAGAAACACAGGGCCAGAUUACCAGCCCCCAUGUUCUCCAGAAACAACUUCAGUGUGUGGAGCAUCCUGAAGAAAUGCAUUGGACUGGAGCUGUCCAAGAUCACCAUGCCCAUCGUGUUCAAUGAGCCUCUCAGCUUCCUCCAGAGGAUCUCUGAAUACAUGGAGCACACUUACCUCAUCAACAAAGCCUGCUCGCUGUCCGACUCUACAGAACGCAUGCAGGCGGUAGCUGCUUUCGCUGUGUCUGCUGUGGCCUCCCAGUGGGACAGGACUGGAAAACCCUUCAACCCACUACUGGGAGAGACCUACGAACUCAUCAGAGAGGACCAGGGCUUCAGGCUGGUGUCAGAGCAGGUGAGCCACCACCCUCCAGUCAGUGCCUUCCACGCAGAGAGCUUGACGGGAGACUUUGUCUUCCACGGAUCCAUCUACCCCAAGCUCAAGUUCUGGGGCAAGAGCGUUGAGGCGGAGCCCAAGGGAAUCAUUACACUAGAGCUCCUCAAGCACAAGGAGGUGUACACAUGGAGCAAUCCCUUCUGCUGUGUCCACAACGUGAUCCUGGGCAAGCUGUGGAUAGAACAGUACGGCACGGUGGAGAUCCUGAACCACAGUACUGGAGAAAAGUGUGUGCUGAACUUCAAGCCUUGCGGCCUGUUUGGGAAGGAGCUACACAGAGUAGAGGGCUACAUUCAAGAUAAGAGUAAGAAGAAGAAGUGUGUGAUCUACGGGAAGUGGACCGAGUGCAUGUGGAGCGUCGACCCUCAGACCUAUGACCUCAACAAGAAGGCAGAAAAGAAGGCCGACCCCAAGAAAACCAAGCAGGAGGAGCCUGAGGGGGCAGAGAAUGAUGAUGCGGAUGACAUGCCUGAGGCCCAGGAGACUGUAGCUGUCAUCCCUGGCAGCACACUCCUCUGGAGGAUCUCAUCCCGACCAGCUCACUCCACCGAGAUGUAUAACUUCACUAACUUUGCCAUGGCGCUGAAUGAACUGGAGCCUGGCAUGGAGGGCACGCUGGCACCCACAGACUGCCGCCUGCGGCCCGACAUCAGAGCUAUGGAGCACGGCAACAUGGACGAGGCGAGCCGAGAGAAGGAGAGGCUGGAGGAGAAGCAAAGAGCUGCCAGGAAGGAGAGGGCCAGGACAGAGGAAGAGUGGUCCACCAGGUGGUUCCAGUCUGGCACCAACCCCUACACCAGCUCCCAGGACUGGCUCUACACUGGAGGCUACUUCAGCAGGAACUACACCGACCUGCCUGACAUCUACUGAGCCGGGGUGUCGCCACCAACCCCCCCACCCUCCUCACCCACCAGCCCCUUGCUUCUCUUCAUGGCCUCCAUGGUCUAAGCAUAAGAUAACGUUUAGACCUUAACCACAGCACAUAUGUAUCUAUAUGUUUGCAGCACAACCCCCCCUCCCCCUCAUACACACACACACAGCUUGAGAUGGACAGACAAGAUGGAAGACAGAAAAACGGUCGCUGGUGAGAUCAGGGCUGUGAAUGCACCUUCUGACUGACGAUGGAUUGAUGGACUCAAACGUGCACGUACACACACACUGUGUGUGGAUUAUGAGGGACAAUACAAUGUCACACUAUUAUCUGUAAACACGGACAGGAAGUGAUGUAACUGAGUCAGGAAGAGAUCAUGUUUAAAAAGGGAGAUUUUCCCCUCUGCCCCCUCCCUCAAUUGGGCCAGAAAGAGAGAUUUGACUCCUUUACCUACAGUGAAACAGACCCAUGAAAAUGGUCUCCUCAAAGUACCGAGGCCCACUCCAUAUCCAUGUUCCCCAUUGGUCAGUCAUUCUCUAAACUCCGCCCUUCAGCCUGCCACCAACUCUAGCAGUGUUUACACUGUGUCCUAGCACACUUACAAAAUGAGUUUUUCAACGAGGGUCAUAAAAAAAAACAUUGGCAUCCACCUUAGUAGGCACUCAUCCCCAGAACCCAUUGUUUAAUGCAUAUGCGGGUCUUUUAGAUUUUUAGAACUGUCGGUCGGGUGCAUGUUAGAUUUGUUUGAGAUCUAUCUUAAGUGUAUACUCACCUGCAGCAUUUUCCAGUCUUCUCUGAACACCAGUAGACCCAUCAGCCAGUGUGAGUGUCUGCUCCUCUGCUGCAUGGCUCUCUGCUCCAGCUGCACAGCCUGUCCUCACCCCUCCCUGGCUCUCUGCUCCAGCUGCACAGCCUGUCCUCAACCCUCCCUGGCUCUCUGCUCCAGCUGCACAGCCUGUCCUCACCCCUCCCUGGCUCUCUGCUCCAGCUGCACAGCCUGUCCUCAACCCUCCCUGGCUCUCUGCUCCAGCUGCACAGCCUGUCCUCACCCCUCCCUGGCUCUCUGCUCCAGCUGCACAGCCUGUCCUCAACCCUCCCUGGCUCUCUGCUCCAGCUGCACAGCCUGUCCUCAACCCUCCCUGGCUCCUCUGCUCCUUGCCUGCUGCUCACCACUCUAGCUAGUCUGCUUGGACGUCCAGUAAUCAUGGCAAGGAAUGAUGAUUCCUGAAACAAAACAUUAAGGGUUGAUAACAAUAACAGUUGUUGAGAGUAAUUGGUGUGUGUGUGUGUGAUGGGUGGAUGUGAUUGACUAGCCAUUUGUACAGACUCUAAAGCCAUAUGGGUAAUUUUAACACCAGGGUGGCCAUGGCUUACAAACAUGGUGUUGCCAGUCAGUUUUCUGUGAUCACGACAGCAUGUGAAACUCAAAGACUUAACCAGAGCUAUCAUUAGAGUAUGAUCGUAAAAAAAAUGUAAAUAGUAACUUCAUGAGCUAUAAAUCAUUGUAGUUCAGCCUUAUCCACUCAGUGAAUUUGAUAUUAGAUGGAAACAGUAGUUUCAUCAGCUAUUUCACAUAGCAGUUGUCACCCCUACCAAGCUCACUGAAUUAUAGCCUUCCUGGUUAGGUACUGAAAGUAGUUUUAACCAGCAAAAAAAUAAAAAAAUUGUAUUUCAACUGUCUAUGUCCAUGUUAGAGAAUGUCUGAAUGAAAUCUUUGCUCCCCUGCACCAAGAACUAUAGCUUGGCUCCAGAACAGUGUAUGCAUAAGCCAACUGUUUUAUAGGAUUGAAAGUAAUUUACCAACAGCAAGCCAAUGGCAAAUAAGCUUGACUCAUAGCUAGUUAGUUGACCAAUAACUAGCUCUUGUCACUUGUGAGUUUAAUCGUAGCUCGCUUUCAAAUCUAGCUAGAUUAAGAUAAAACGUCAAAACUAUCUAGCUAAAGAGCACACCGUUGAGGAACCAAGCUAUUAGAACUUUUCUACGCUCCCAAACCACACUGUGCAUUCCAGGUAUCAGCCAGAAUCUAUGCAACCAACCACUCCUAGGCUCACCCUCCUCCGUAAAUGAACAUGCAUAAUAAAACCAAAUAAACAAUUCACUAGUUCUUCACGACCACAAAACAUUCAUUUUUUGUCGAGUAACAUUGGGAACUUCAUUGACCUGUAAACCGCAACAACAAAUCUUAGCAGUGAUUGUGAAUACGGUAUGAUCUAUAGAUCUCUGUAGUGUAUUGUACUUAAAAGUUCUACUUAGGUAAAUGGAUACCGUAGAACAAAUUAAUUGUGACUGAAACAUUUGACCUGCGCCCCCCACCACCACAUCCACAGUUAGCUACUUAUUUUACUUUACAUGCAACACUUUUUUCAAAAUCUUUUUUUCUUAUUCAAAUGAUUAUAGAUGCUUCGAAGAAGUGAUUCGUUUUUGCAAAAGGGUGUGGUAAACCAACAAGUCAUAGAUAAUGAUGUAAUUCUUCAGUUUAAAUGUUAUUACCAUGUUAUUCCUUUUGCCUGGAUUUACGUAAACCUUUUAAAUGUACCGUUAUUUCAUUUGAUAUUUAUGCGUUAGGUUUAUUGGAGAAAUGUUUUGACAAAUAAUUAGUUUGUUAACUUAUCUCUCUUUGUCUAUAUAUUAUCAUUAAUAACAAAGUGAACAGUUAAGUUUAGAGCAGGAGUGUAUAUCUUCACUGUCUGUGCAGAAAAUGUAUGUGAAAUUGACCACACUACUUCUAUCACUUCAUCACGGUUAGCUACAUGCUAAUAUGGUUAUCCACAUGGUAAUGCAGGUAAAGACUAAUGUACCAACAUUAAAAAGUAGAUUUUA